AUGGCUCCAUUCUCAGACCAACGGGUACCGAUGCCGUCCGACGGCGCAUUGCCUCAGCUUCAUUAUAAAGUCGAGUUCGAGCCGGUCGUUGUAACCCCUCCUACUCCUCGUUUCGAUCCUUCGAAACAUCUUUGCUUCGAGCGUCCCAAAUCUCUCGUCACCUUGAAAGAACUUCUGCUAUCCGAGGAAGAUGCCAUCUCCCCCAUUGCCAUCACUGAGCCUUUUCCUUUGUUCACCCUUGAGGGUGUCAACCAGAUGCGAGCAGAUCUUUUUCGUAAAGAGGUCGUUGAGAAACAUGGAAACAGAACAUUGCCACAUUGCUAUAAAAUGAGAGGGUAUUCGAGGGACACACCUUUUGUGGACUCCGUCUGGCGCGACGAACGGGUGCUCGAAGCCUGUUCGCAGGCCGCUGGGGUCGAUCUUGAGGUAGUUUUCGACUAUGAGAUUGCGCAUAUCAAUGUGCAGGUGGACGCACUCGAGGACGGAAUGCCAUUGGGUGACGCCCUUCCUCCAGCAUUUCCUCCCCGUCAAUCUACUCCAGCCAAACCUUCGGACGUUGAUCAUUCUGAGGAGCUGGCAUCGGUCGGGUUGUGGCACAAAGACUCCUAUCCCUGGGUCUGCGUCUGCAUGCUUUCUGACCCGAGUAACAUGGUUUGUGGUGAGACUGGUCUCAGAAAGGGUGAUGGCUCGAUCGCUAGAGUCAAGGGUCCUCAAGUCGGAUGGGCAGUGAUGAUGCAAGGAGGCUGCAUUGAGCAUGUCGCUCUGAAAGCCGUCGGCACUGGUGAGCGUGUCACCAUGGUUACCUCCUUCCGGCCUCGUGAUCCCUCUCUCAAAGAUGUGUCCAAUCUCGGGAAUGUCAAGAAAAGCAGCAGCUGGGACCAGCUGUUCAAGCAAUGGUCAAUUUACCGACUUGAAGUUGUUGAGAAGCGGGCGAAAUCCCUGAGAGAGAAAAUUGGAAAGGGAAAUCUUUCCGGACUUCAAAUUGCAAAGCUAAUGGCCCACUGGAACGAGGAACAAUUUGUGUAUGAAGCAUACUGCAAUAGAGAUGACCGGCCAAGGCAAUCCAGGUUCUCAAUAUUGAGACAUGAUGAGUGA